AUUCUCAUUCUGCUCAUUUUCACUAGUAAUGUCUACCUUUCCUCUUCUCCGUCUGCCACAGAAAACGCUGAAAAAUGUGAUACUCCAUAUGGGACAUAUCGAGCUAAUUUGCGCCUCACUACUCUCCAACAAAACUAAGCACUUCAUCCGAGAGUUUUGCAUCUUCAAAGCAUAUCGUUUUAAUAUUGUAUUGGAUGACUCGGUGCGAUUCGGAAUUGCUAGCACUGGUAUAUAUAUAGAAUACUCAUUCAGAAAUGGAAUGAUAUGUAUCAGAAGUUUUGGUAUAAUACAAAUAACAAUGACACUUCGUGCUCCGCAGUUUGAUGCUGGAAGCUGGUUGGUUCAUUUACUGAAUAUAUUCAACCCAUCGAAAAUCGAUACUCUAUCUAUCUAUGAUAGUUUUGAUGUAGAGAGAUUGCAGUUAGUAAAAGAAUCUUUGAAUAAGAUUCCUAUUUUUCAUUUUGAAAUCACCGCCACUACCGCAACAAAUCCCAAACUCUUCUCCGCAUUUCUACCAAUAAAAACCUUCGGUUUUAAUCACACUGUCCAAUAUAACUCCUCUCAACUCUCUGCACUACGGCCAGCUUUGCCAAAAAAAUUAGAAUCUAUCUAUGCAGAUAUCAGCAUUCCAUUAAACGAGCUACUGCUCACAUGCUCCAGAACCCUUCAAAUUGUCGAAUCACUAUUAACGGAUAAGGAUAUUAAUUUGUUUCUGAAACAUUGGAUGGCCGGAUUGAAACCAGAACUUGAAUAUUUGUAUAUUCGAAAGAAUGGAGCUGCUUACAAUCCAAACAUUGUUUUGGAAGGAAUUCAUCACGAGUUUGCACCAAUUGACAGGAAAUUCAGAAUUAAUCAAGGACCACCUCAAUUCGGAGGAAUUGAUAUUCACCAAACUCGAGGAGGAACAGCAACUAUGACUUUCAACUGGAGCUUUGGCCGUGCAGAGAUUAUUGUUGCGGCCCAUGCUUUGGUGUACUUUUCUUUUGAACAACUGUAACUUCUUUUUCGAUAAUAAAAUUUUGUUAUUA